CCUUCUUAAAAAUCACCAAAUCACUCAAUUGAAGAAAUCACCACAAUUCUCCCUCUCUUUCCCUCUCAAUCGCGGAAUUGCUCUCUCCUCCCGGUUCGCUCGAGUAGCGGAAGAAAGAUAAAGCGAACAACCAGCAAAGGUACUUCUUCUCUUCAUUCUAUCAACAAAUUAUAGGAUUUUUCUGUUGCAAUUGCUGUUCUCUUUUUAAUUUGUUAAAAAAAAUAAAAUAAUGGAUGAGCAUCAAGACAUGGAGAAAUUCGGGAUGGAAAAUGAUUUUGAGGGGGGGCAGUAUAUUGGGGAUGAAUUUUUUUACAGAAAGCGGAAAGAAAAAACAGUUCAAUCUAAGGAUGAUGCAACGUAUGGUGUAUUUGCAUCCAGUAGUUCUGAAGAUGAUGAUGAUGGUUCCUUAUCUGGGAAGAAGAAAAACAAGAGGCGAAAAGGGGGGAUUAUUAAGAAGGCAGAUUACUCGAAACCCAUUAAUUUUAUUUCCACUGGUAUUUUUGCUCCUAAUGAGGAGGUAGAGCUUAAUACCAAAGGGGGUGUUGAAAAUUCUGAGGGUGAGGAGGGUGCAGAUGGGUUUAAACCCGGGCUUGGGCUAGGUGCUGUGGCAAAUGUUGGAGUUGGAUUGGGGUUUGGGGCGGGUUUGAGUAAUCGAGGGGAGAAAGGAUUGGGAGGUAGGAGGGAUGAUGGUGAAGGGGAAGAGGAUGAUGAAGAGUUGUUCUUGCCGACCAGCUUUGGGAGGAAAAUCAAGGAAGGGGCAGAAAAGCGGCGUGAGAAGGCAAAAUUGGCUGGGCACAGUGGGGGGAGUAAGUCUCAGUCAGGAGGGGUAAGGAGAGGUUCGGAUGUGUUGGACAGUAAUGUGGGGGUUUUUGAGAAGCACACAAAAGGGAUUGGGUUGAAGUUGCUAGAGAAGAUGGGGUAUGGUGGUGGUGGGUUGGGGAAGAAUCAGCAAGGUAUUGUUGCUCCCAUCGAGGCGACGAAGAGGCCGAAGGGGGAGGGGUUAGGAUUUAAUGACUACCAGGAGAACAAGAACUUGCCCACCUUGGUAAAUAUACCUCCACCACCUGAAUUGGAGGGAAAGCAAUUGUCUCUGAAGAAGGAGGAAAAACCCUGGAAGAAACAAGCUCGAGCUCGUGCUAAGAAGAAAGAAAGUAUUAUCACUCCAGAUGAGUUUUUGGCGAUGAAGGCAGAGGAACAAGGGCCGGAUUUGGUACUUCAGAAGGUGGUGGAUAUGAGGGGUCCCCAGGUUCGGGUGUUAACAAAUCUGCAAAAUCUGAAUGCCGAAGAGAAAGCUAGGGAAAGUGAUAUUCCCAUGCCAGAGCUGCAGCAUAACAUUAGAUUGAUAGUAGACCUGGAAGAGCUUAAUAUUCAGAAGGUGGAUCAGGAUUCCAGGAAUGAGAGAGAAACUGUCAUUGCAUUGCAGAAGGAGAAGGAAAUGCUCCAGGUAGACGCUAUGCGCCAGAAGAAGCAGAUUGAUUCUAUGAUGGAGAUAUUGCAGGUUCUAGACAGUAUUGAGGAAGAGAAUACGUCCGGGAGAUUGACUUUAGAAUCCCUUGCAAAGUCCUUCGGAGAUCUCCAAAGGAGGUUUCCUGAGGAAUAUAAACUUGGUAACUUGUCUUGCAUAGCAUGUUCACUUGCUCUUCCUUUGUUAAUUAGAGUAUUCCAAGGAUGGGAUCCACUUCAGAACCCAUUGCAUGGUAUGGAUGUCAUAGCUAUGUGGAAAGGUUUGUUGCAGGGAGAUGAGGAUCAUGACAUUUUUGAGGAUGCAUCAGCUCCAUAUUCACAGUUGGUGGCUGAAGUAGUGUUUCCUGCAGUUAGAAUAGCGGGUAUAAACACAUGGCAGGCUAGAGAUCCCGAGCCUAUGCUCCGGUUUCUGGAAUCAUGGGAAAAGUUGCUUCCACGCUCCGUGCUACAAUCACUUCUUGAUAUGGUUGUGAUGCCUAAGUUGUCUGAAGCAGUGAUUUCUUGGGAACCUUGUAGAGAAACUAUACCAAUCCAUGUGUGGGUGCACCCCUGGCUUCCAUUGCUUGGACAGAAGCUGGAGACUCUCUAUCAAGCUAUUCGUAUAAAAUUAGGAACUGUUCUUUAUAAAUGGCAUCCUAGUGAUAUGUCAGCCUAUACUAUCCUAUCACCUUGGAAGACGGUAUUCGAUGCUUCAAGUUGGGAACAACUUAUUUCCCGGUCCAUCCUUCCCAAGUUGAUAGAUGUGAUGAGGGAAUUUCAAGUUAAUCCUGCUAAUCAAAAACUUGAUCAGUUUUACUGGGUCAUGACUUGGGCUUCUGCAGUUCCCAUACAUCACAUGGUUAACUUACUGGAGUCACAAUUCUUCAACAAAUGGCAGCAAGUUCUGUACCACUGGCUUUGUACAAGUCCGAACUUUGAAGAGGUUCUGAAAUGGUACAAUGGAUGGAAAGAUCUUUUUCCUGCUGAACUUUUGGCCAACGAACGUAUUCGGAUGCAGCUAAACCAAGGCCUGGAGAUGAUGAGCCAGGCUGCUGAAGGUUUGGAGAUGGUUCAGCCUGGCGUGAAGGAGAACAUUAGCUAUAUGAGGGUGCAAGAACAAAGACAAUAUGAGGCUCAGUUGAAAGCCUCCCAACAAACAGAUGAUGUGCCUAAGACCUUAAAAGAAGUUGUUGAAUUCUAUGCACAGCAGCAAGGCUUGCUCUUCAAGCCAAAACCUGGGAGAUUACACAGCCAUCACCAAGUAUAUAGCUUUGGCAGUGUAAGCAUUACUGUGGAUUCCUUGCAUCAGAAGAUCUACGCUCAAGGCCAUGGAGAAUGGUCUUUGGUUACUCUUGAUCAACUCCGGCAAAUGCAGAACAUUUCUGGUUCGGGACGGCACUGAGCUUUGCUGGUAGGCUGGUGCCCCAUUCCCUAUUAUUUCGUUUACCCUCUUUCGGUUUUCCUCUCCAUUGCAAUCGCAAUUCUCAUAAAGAUUGCGGAAGAUUACAAGCGGGUUCUCACUUUCACCAGGUAUAGGUGUGAGGAAAUCAAAAUCCAAGCGUGGGAGAGCCCACAAAAAGUGAAAUUGGAGGAAGAGUUGAGGAGAUUAGAGGUAUAUCUGAGUCUAUAACAAUUGUAGCUUUUUGCUCAAAUCAAAUCCCAACCUGCUUAAUUCUGAAUUCAAUCUAAAUAUCUGAAGCUUAAAAUAUAUAGUGAAUCGUGAUGUAUUAAGAUGAUUGCAUUGAUAUUAAAUGUUGUGCUGGAAUGUAAAAAUUGUACUCCCUCCGUCCCAAAAUUAUUGUCCUGUUUUCUAAAUUGGGCGUCCCAAAAUUAUAGUCCUGUUUCUAAUUUUGGCUACUAAGGUUCCCACUUUCUCAUGUACUAUAUUAAUUAAAAAAUAAAUUGAAAACCCCACCCAUGUACUAUAUUCCACUUUCCUAUGUACUAUAUUAUCUUUCACAUGUACUUUAUUCCACUUUUCCAUACAACUCAAUCAUCAUUUGUACUUUAUUCCACUUAUUCAUUUACUAUAUUCCACUUUUCUUAAAAUCCGUGUUUUUGGUCAAACAGGACAAUAAUUAUGGGACGGAGGGAGUAGAUCAUUAGUUUAAACAUGUUUUUCUGAAGUGCUUGCAGAGUUGUAGUAGGAGAUAAUCCUUUGAUUCCAAGUUAAUGCUUAGUUGCUUACCUUUUCUGCGGUUACAGAAAAUGUCAUGUGUUAUGAAUUUUGUUAUGGAAAUAAUGAAUACUAGUAAGACAUUUACAUUUUACAGAAAAUAUAGCCUUUGUUCUUUUACUUCAGGUGUACUCUAACUCAUCUAUCUGCCAGGUGUCCAUCAAAACAAUCAAGUAAUUAUAAAGGCCAUAAAACCACAAAGUCCACAAUCAAUCAUGUCGUAUCCUAGCUAGUGGUAACGAUUGAGGGCUCGUGUCACGGAUUUGAAACCCGCCUCCCCCAUUUAUAUUUUUUAAUGCCCUUAUGUCUCAUUCGUCAAAAAAAAAAGAGCCAUAAAAAUUGUAUGACCAUUUUAAACCUAAGAAAUUCAGUUUUGGAUGAAAGAACUUGGUGAUAAUUAAUUUUAGUAGUAGAUAGCAAGGUAGUUAACGACUUAGACUACCUUUCUGCUUAGGCUAAUAAUCUAGGAGUAAAUUUUUCAUUGAAGAAAUGACUGUAAUUUUUUCGAUGUACAAACGAAUUGCGGAAAAAACAAUAAAAAAGAGCAGAAAAUUAGAGUAACAAGGAACACCAUACUGAACUUUAUUAGAGUCAUUAAUAUAUGUAAUGUUACACAACUGAAUUUCUAAAAACAGAACAGUACACUUUUGACAGAACUGGACUUUACGAAACAAACUGGACUGAACUUUAUGAAAUAGAACUAUACAGAACUGAACAGAAUACUGUAGGAGUGCAGGGUUAGGGGCUGAUGGGUCCGAAGGCAGGAGUUGCAGGGGCUGGUGGGUCAGAUAUGGGCUGCAGGGUAAGGUCCAAGCUUGGAUUGUAGGAUCAGGUUCAGGUUUGAGCUGCUGUCAGGUCUGAAGUCUUGGUUACAUAUGCUAUACAACCUCUCUAAGAACAAAAACCCACUACACAACACAUAUAAGCAUACUAGCAUUCAAUAUCUUUAUAUUUCCUAUGCUCUUAAUAAAUAGACUAGUCCAUUCACGAAAACACUACCUACACUGGUCUGGUGAUGUUGAUUAACUUUUGGUAGAGGCUGGUAAUAUUUAUGUAUACUAUACUCUUUGUGCUUGUGUCUGAACUAUCCAGCUAGUGUUGCUUCCUGUUCGUAGUUCUUUAUCUUCAUUUUACGUGGUUAUUCUAUAGUCUACCUGUUUGUUUUUCUUAGGCGGAUUAUUUUCUUCCUCGUGUAAAUUAGGUUUUAUUUGUUUUAAGUAAGUAAUCAUUACUGCUAUGAGUUGAUUAGCAUAAAGAAAUCAGAACUGAAAAUCUGCAUUGUAUGAUAAUUGUCAUGAUUCAGCUAAUGCUAAGAUCUAUGUGGAAUUAAACGAAGACAUGCUAGGUAUUAUCGUCUAGCAGUUGUUGCAAACAUUCAGAAGAUUAUCCUAAUCUGUAAGUAUUAAAACUAGCUCAAAAGAUCUACUGCAAGGUAGCAAGUUUUAUGGCUAAAUGACUGAAAACAUAUAUAUUUUUUGUCAAUGACAUCUAGUUUAAUCAUUAUUCUGAACUGAAAUUAGAGGCUCCAACAUGAUUCUAGGAAUCUAGGCUGUUGACGUGUUGUGGUAGUGGUUUUUGUUGUAUCUUUAUCUGCUGCAUUCCACUCUUACAAUCUUAAAAUAGCCUUUGAUUUGAUACAUGAACUUUUCCAGUCAAUUACUAAUUGAAUAUCGCCAUUGGGCUCAAAUUGAAGGAACAAACGAACAGAAGAAUCCUACUGAAGAGCAAAAGGCUUGUGUCAGAGCAAAAGACUCGUAGGCUUGUGUCAGAUUGAUCUGCACUCCUCUAGACGAACCAGUAUUAUGAUAUUAAAAAUAAAUGCAUGACAAAAUUGUCUUAUUAUUUUUCUCAAGAAUUUGUGUGAAGUAUCAUGUUUAGACGUUCUGCAUUUAUGGCCUUGUCGUGUGUUCCUAUCGUUGUAUGUUAUUCAAUAAAUAAGCUGCUACCCUUGGUGGAAUUUUAGGCUUUUGGGCUGUCAAAUUCUAGAUUCUAGACUUUUGUGUGAUAAGGUGACUCUGUGGAUGUGCGUGGUGUUAGGGUUUUCUUGGCUCUUCUGUUCUUGUGUGUACGACUCCUCUUCCUGAGCCAUGCAUCUGCAUCUGAAGCAGGGUGUGACCCUCAUUUCAAGAAUUUAAAAUUGUUGUAUACAUUGUUGAUUGUGAUGCUUGGUCUGACUAGUUGACAGCUUGAUUAUAUCUAGUGCUCUUUGGCUAAUACUACACAAGUUUUAUAAAGUUUAUUACGAAGGUGGUUCACUCUUUUGUCAUGUUUGAUCAUACUCAUUACUCCCUGGUCUCCUGUUCCUUACACAAUACUUCUGAAAUAAAUCCCAUUUGCUUCUUAUCAUGAUGAGUGUGCCUGAAAUCAUAAGUUAACCCAUGUCUAAUAGACAUUAUGGUUUUUAUAUAGUUUUCGAAGAACUCUGAGAAGCUAAUAGAUGGUAUAAAAUACAAAAUAUAAAUGCGUAUUCUUAAUUUCAUCUAAUGGACCAACUUUUUGGAUGGAAUUUUGUAUUUUAGUCGAGCCGAGGGAUGUGCAGUGCUUGCCAAACCACUCAUUUGUUUUACUCUUACAUUCAGUGCCAUUAUUUAGGUCUAAAGAGUUAUGCCUUUGUCAAACUUAAAUAUUCAGCCACUAACUUGUAGGCUAUGGGGUUGUUUAUCUAAGUGAACUGAUUAAUAUUUUGCUGUGAAAAAGACCUGCAAGAGCUGUAGUAUGCUUACUCAUUUCCCUUGUUCCUCUGCCAGUUGUGGGCAUUACAUGUAUUAUUCUUGUACAAUGUUAGGUUUGCACGCACAUUUAACUGGUGAAGUUUUUUUAUUGCUUUCAUUCAUUCUCAUUUCUCACACCUGAUGUCUGGUGUUGUUGUUACUUGAUUGAUAAGAGAGGAGGGUUCAUUGACUUUAGAUUACUCAUAAGAUUACUUGUAGUUUGAGUUUUGCAGCUAGGGUUGAUUGUGAUAACCGUCUUGAGUUACGAGCUAAGCUGCAUUCUUCUACACCAAGCUAUAUCCCGAUGUACAGUUGUCAUAGAGGCGCAGUUGCGAAGCUGGAUAAUGUAUUUGCAUAGCAGGGGCUGACCCUCAUUUCAAUUUCAAGAGCUAUAAUUGCUGUAUACAUUGUUGAUUGUGAUGUUUGGUCUGACUAGUUGACAGCUUUUAUUAUGAAUAUGGUUCACGUUUUUGUCA